CUGCUCCAUCCGUCCCUACGUUACUCAGCCAAAUGUUCACUCACUUUUGAUCUCCUGCUGUCUCUCACCUGUUGCUGGUCAACAUGAUUUCUUCUCGAUAUAUGCGUUUUAUUUUGCUCACGGUCUCUUUUCUUUUGUUGGUAUUUCUUGUAUCUCAGAAUUGGGAUGUAAUACCCCAACCAUUCAGUCACAGCAAGCCGGAUGCCUUGUUAGGAUUAUCUGAAGAUCAUCCGCCACAGAGUGGCGCCAACAACAGCAACAACAGCAACAACCUCCAAACAGAACCUACUACUCUUGCUACUACUCUUCCCACCACUCUUCCCACCACCCUUUCUAACUCCAAUCCCCACACUAUCAACACCGCCAUCGCCGGCAUAACCGACAAAGUCUGGCACUCCUCCAAGACCCCCGAGCUCAGUGCCGACCAAACCAGCUGGAUCAACAGCUGGCUCCUAAAGAACCCCGCCUUCCGCCACGAGCUCCUCACCGACGGCUCCGCCCUCACCUUUGUGCGCACCCGCUACGGCGCCACCCGCCCGGACAUUGUCGAAGUCUACGAGAAGCUCCCCAUCCCCAUCCUCCGCGCCGACCUCCUCCGCUACCUGAUCGUGUUAGCGGAAGGUGGCAUUUGGAGCGACCUCGACGUCACCUGCGACACGGAGCUCGUAGCCUGGGUGCCCCCGGAGUACCACGCCUCCAAUAUCGACAUGAUCGUGGGGCUAGAGUUCGACUUCGGGUGGCGCGGCGAAGAUACCGAGGUGGCCUCACAAUUCUGCAACUGGGUGUUCGCGGCGCGGCCGGGGUCCCGCAAUCUGGCGGCGGUGGUGGACGCGGUCGUCGCCAAGUUGAAGGAGAUCGCAGCCUUGAAUGGGGUGGGCGUGGACCAGUUGACGCUGGAAAUGUUGCCCAUCGACGUGGUGAAUGUCACGGGCCCGAAGAUCAUGACCAUUGCGCUGUUGGAUGGGUUGCAGGGGCUACUGGGCAGGGUGGUGGAUGAUCGAGAUUUCCACGACAUCAAAUCCCCGAAACUGGUGGGGGAUUUGCUGAUCAUGCCUGGGAAUGCGUUUGCGGCGGCGCAGAAUGGGUUCCCCACGGAUCAAAGUCCGGCGUUGGUGAGCCAUCAUUAUGCCGGGUCGUGGAAGCAAGCGGAUGCGGAGGCCAAGGAAAGGAAGAAGCAGCAGGAUCAGCAGCAACAAGAUCAGUAGGAGAGAUAGGGUCUGAAGAUGUGUAUAAUGAGAUCAUCUAUGCAUAUGUAAUUUUUAUAAUAUCCUUUAUGCCAACUUCGUGUUUUCUUCAUCCAAGAAUCCAAGGAAU